AAGGAUCAUUUUAUCCUUUCCAUAAUUGGAGGACUUUGAAUAGCGUUGUUAAGCUAAUGCGGCAGAGGAUUUUUUAGUGCAAAAUCAGAGUUAGUCGUGGGUAGAGUGCCGUUAAACCAUCUGGUAACACUGAAUUGAAGAUAGUUCUGGAAUUUCGUAGUUUUAAUUACUAAUAAAAUCUGAGCUAAAGAAAGCAAAGCAGCCAAUAUGUCGGACUGGGACUCUGUGACUGUUCUAAGAAAGAAGGCACCCAAAUCGUCGACCCUAAAGACGGAAUCGGCGGUCAACCAGGCGCGACGCCAGGGAGUCGCCGUGGAUACCCAACAGAAGUAUGGUGCUGGCACCAACAAGCAGCAUGUGACCACCAAGAACACUGCCAAGCUGGACCGCGAGACCGAGGAGCUGCGCCAUGACAAGAUCCCCCUCGAUGUGGGCAAGCUCAUCCAGCAGGGACGCCAAAGCAAGGGCCUCAGCCAAAAGGACCUGGCAACUAAAAUCUGCGAAAAGCAGCAAGUAGUAACUGACUACGAGGCCGGUCGCGGAAUUCCAAACAACUUGAUUCUAGGAAAAAUGGAACGCGUUUUGGGCAUAAAGCUUCGCGGCAAGGAGCGCGGCCAACCAAUAGCGCCUCCCGGUAAGAAGUGAGACGACGCUGCCGCGUCCGCCGCCAGUGGUGCUCGACACACAACCACCUCAGCACGCAGCGCCCGGCAGCAGAACCAUCAACACCCGGAUUCUGGAGGCUGGAGCACUGUAAGCGGCAGACGCAAAUGAAGCAUUAUCGGGAGGCUGGAGAACCAAAUCAAAUCGGGUCAUACAGCAGCAGCUGCAGACGCAGCAAACGCAGAAGCAUACAAAACCGAAGAUCUAACUAAUUACCACUAUGAGCGCCAAUUUUGCAGUUUUUUGUCCGAGCCAUGGGGUUAGCGGGAAUCGCAGCGCUUGCCACUUGCCAAUCCCUCUACCGAUAAAUUAACCAUUGUAAUUGCCCAAAAUACAUACAAUCACAUACAAGAUGCACACAACCCGGAAACGGAAACGAAGACGGACUUGAAACGCAAAAGACUUAUCUGAUAUUAACGCGCUCAUAGCUUGGAGUAGUGUUAUUCGUUCAUUUUGGCAUUAGAGUUUGUUUUGAAACUUGAUCUAAGUUAUGGAAUUAAAACCAAGACAUGAAAGCAUGGAAAACACUCGAAUUUCUUUCAAUCUUCUUUACACCCAAUCAGCCAUACCCAAUAUUUGCAUGAACCAUCCAUAACCAUUCAGCUAAAUCCAUUGAGCAGACACAUUAAAUGAUAUAUGAAAAUCCUUAGAGCUUA